CGACGUGCGUGUUUGAACGUCUUGUUUCGGACACGCGCUUGUUUCGCGAUGAUGCGAUGCAUGCUUUGCAAAUUCUGUAGACUGGUCACGACCGCGAGCGAAUGAUCUCCUGUCAUCCCUGGUUACGGAGCAAACGGACGAGUUUCAACUCUAUAACACAUCGUCGGUGUCCCUGGGUAUUCUCCCAGGCUGUUUGAGCUUCUCCCUUCCAGCUUCGUUCGUUCUAUCUCUCCCCUUCUCGCCGGCUCGAGCUUUCAGUGCGCUGGCAACCACACGUCUUCCGUUGUACAAUGUCCCACACCUCCCCCGCGACCUUUCUCGUAUGGUCGAUUAUAUCGUGCAUCCUCUUCACGUUCUUGGUGUUCCAUCUCUGGUCCUUUGACCGCUUCAGGUGUCUGAAGUGGAAUAGUGGGCCGCAGACGGGAGCGUUCAAGAGGGUCAUGACGUACUCGUAUCUAUUGAGUAUACCGUUGGUGAUGACCUACUCCAUCGGUCAUCCCGAUGCCCUAUCGCUGUGGACUGAAAGCGAACGCCGUGCUCUGUUCCCCCUGAUGCUCGCAUUCGCUAUCGGCUGGAGCAUGGAAAUGAUCACGCAUUUGGAAGAGCUUUGCUUCUGGCUGUUCCUCGUCAACUCGGGCUCUGUGCAGCAGGACUGGUUCAAAAGCUGGUACUUCCGCACCUGGAUUGUCGGCUCCCAUCGCUGUCACGUACAUGCCGCUGCUGACGAUUCUGACGCGCUCCGACCCCCUGAAGGUUCGUGA